AUGGCGAAAGUACUAAACUCAACCCAAUCAUGUCAUCUCCCUUCACCCACAAGCUCAUCUUCUACAUCAUGCGGAGGCAAUGAUAUCAACAGAGACCCACAUUCUCCUUUUAACAUUUCUCAAGAAGAGGAAGAAGAAGAGAGAAGCGAGAAAGAAGAAGAAAGAUUCGAGUUUUCGUCAGCAUUGGAGAUUCUUGUCUCUGCAAUCAGAAGGUCUGUGAUUGGUGGGUGUGUUGGUGAAGAAGAUCUUUGUUCAAUGGAGAUUGGUGUUCCCUCAGAUGUUAGACACGUGGCUCAUGUUACCUUUGAUCGUUUCCAUGGCUUUCUUGGCUUGCCUGUUGAGUUUGAACCUGAAGUCCCUAGACGUGCUCCUAGUGCAAGUGCAACAGUGUUUGGUGUUUCUACUGAGUCAAUGCAGCUAUCUUAUGAUACUAGAGGGAACAUUGUGCCUACAAUACUCUUGAUGAUGCAGAGUCACUUGUACAGUAGAGGCGGAUUAAGGGUAGAAGGAAUCUUCAGGAUUAAUGGUGAGAAUGGUCAAGAGGAGUACAUAAGAGAAGAGUUGAAUAAAGGUGUUAUACCUGAUAACAUUGAUGUUCAUUGCUUGGCAAGUCUCAUUAAGGCUUGGUUUAGGGAACUUCCAACUGGUGUGUUGGAUUCACUCUCACCAGAGCAAGUCAUGGAGUCUGAAACUGAAGAAGAGUGUGUGGAGCUUGUGAAGCUUUUGCCUUCAACAGAAGCUUCUUUGUUAGAUUGGUCAAUCAAUCUGAUGGCAGAUGUUGUGGAGAUGGAACAUGUUAACAAGAUGAAUGCUCGAAACAUCGCUAUGGUUUUCGCACCUAACAUGACUCAGAUGUUGGAUCCUUUGACCGCUCUGAUGUAUGCUGUGAAAGUCAUGAAUUUUCUCAAGACACUGAUUGUGAAAACGCUUAAAGAACGUAAAGAAUCUCGAGAGAGGUUGGUGCAAGGCUCGAACCCGGGUCCUAGGGACCGUGAUGGUGAUCAGAGUAGUAGACAGUUGUUGCAUCUCAUGAAAGCUAACGAGGAGGAAGCUGUAGAUGAUACCUUUGAAGCUGAAAUGAAAGACAAAGAAGAGCCUCUGGAACUCAUUGGUUUAAAGUCGUCUCUGAUUAAAAGCUGUAGUGGAGGUUUUGGAGAGAAACAUAAUGGUUGGGAGGAGGAGAAGAAGAUGAAGAGGACAAUGUCUAAUGCGAGUAGUAUUGUGGGACGUGUGAAUUACAGAGUUGAGCUGUUUGAAGCUUGGCGGUGA